UGGAAAUUUAUGUUACAAACAUCACAUAUAUUUUUAGGUUCACAGUUUCAAAUAAUUAUACGUUUUCAUUUCGUUAUGAGCAAUCGGAACGAAGUUAAGCCUCCCGCAGGUCCAGAACCAUCUAAGGCACCGCCAUUGGAAGGCCAAGGAGCUUCAGGCUUCCAAAGACCCUCCAAUAAUGACGGCGGCGGACGGAAGCCUCCACCUAGUCGUUACAUUCAGACCACCGAGGAGGAAAAGUCUUCGGUCUUCGAGAAGUGUGCCGUGUUCAUUUGCUGGAUCUUUGUAGUUCUCUUCUUCCCCUUGUCUCUGUGCUGUUGUAUCCUCGUUGUACCGGAGUACAUCCGCCUGAUCGUACUGCGAUUGGGUCGCCUUCGUAAGGGCGCUAAGGGUCCUGGACUGGUGUUUUUCCUCCCGUGCAUUGAUGGUGUCCAGGCGGUGGAUAUGCGUACCGAUGUCUAUAAAGUUUGGCCACAGGACGUGCUCACCAAGGACUCGGUGACGAUCACUGUAAACGCUGUCAUUUACUAUUGCAUUUAUGACGCCAUCGACUCGAUCAUCCAAGUGGACAACGUGAAAGAGGCCACCCUGAUGAUAGCCAAGGUAACACUGCGCAACAUUGUCGGCUCCAAGACGCUCAACGUUCUGCUGACCUCCAGACAGGCGCUCUCCCGUGAGAUCCAGGAGGCGGUCGCUGAGAUAACCGCCCGAUGGGGUGUGCGAAUGGAACGGGUUGAUUUAAUGGAUAUUAUAUUACCGUCCAGCCUGGAGAGAUCCCUGGCCAGUGAGGCGGAGGCUGUAAGGGAAGCUCGUGCCAAGAUCAUUUUGGCAGAGGGCGAGCUUAAGGCCUCGAAGGCCCUGAAGGAGGCAUCUGAUGUGAUGGCCCAGAACAAGAUCACUCUGCAGCUAAGGCAUCUUCAGAUCCUCUCCUCGAUCGCCACGGAGCGAAGGGUCAGGAUUAUUUACCCCAUACCCAUGGAGAUAAUGGAGCCUUUCAUGGAUAGUAAGGGGCCACAAACGGUAACGGUAAUGGCAAGUACAUCUGGUGGCGGCGGCGGUGCUGGUGGAAGUGGUGGUGCCGGUAGAAGUGGCGGUGGCGGUGGCAGCAAUAUUCUGUCCAAUUUCUUUAUUGGUGGAACAGACGAUACCCAGCCCAGUGGUACGGAUGCCACAGAGCCAAAGGGGCAAGAUGAACCUGGCUUUUCAGGAACUUUAGUGCCAGAACCUCAUUCCAAUGCAGCAACCAAUCUAAGGUCCUCGUUUGUCGCUGUAGAUAUGGAUCGUAUUCAGAAAAGUCCAUUGAAUUUAAUGCAAAAGGACGACGCUGCCAGGACGAGCACCCCAGGUGAGCAAUACAUAGAUAGGGAGAGUGACUCGGAGCAUCGACACCCCCUAACCAUUGCUAGCCAGAAUUUCAGGUCCAGUGGGGCGCCUGACGUUUAUGGACCUGGAAUCUUAUCGGGACUUCCUGCGAGUUCGUUGGUAAUCAGCCGGCGGCUGGCAGUAUCCUGGCAGCAGGACAAUGGGACGUGGCAAGGCCAAGCGUGAAAUGAGCAACAGUCACGUCAGCCGAUGGGCUACGAACUUGAUUGAGGGCAUUAUCCUUGCUAUUCACUCACCGGAGCGACAUUGACACUGCCACUGAAUGGCCUCCGAGCGGUUUUUUGUGACGCGAUAAAAAAUAGAUGAAUACGUGGUAUUUUUCACUCGCGCUGCCUGACGACGUCCCGGGUGGCAAUUUAUCACUUUUAAUAAAUUGGCAGUUUUCAAGUCGAUAC